AAGUUCUAGGAUGACGAUCCUGUUUGUUUGCUGUUGUUGACUGGAUCAUGGCAGCCUGCUGUUUAAAAUGACUUAUUAAUUUAUAUUUGUUAACCGUAAUCAACGUAUAAAGAUGUCGAAUCCUGUUGAAGAAGUCGGUACUGUGGUUCGUCAAGUGGAAAGGGAGUCCGAUGUCAGUGAUGACGAAUCGUCGUUGUCUGACGUUAAAUUGGAGGAACAGUUUCACGAUUCUUUCGAUACGGUAGUUUGCUCUGGUGUUCAGGAAACAGAUGGAUACAAUACAAAGACUACAACAACAUUGCACCAUUUAUGCGAGAAGGAAGCGGAUGGAAAAUACGUUGAUUUGAGACAUUCCCGAACAGAUAGAAAAUCUGUACAGGUGGAGGACAAUGACGAUAUAGAGAAACGUGGCAUUCAAGUCACAGAUAACAAUGAUAUGGACGACAUAACUGCCAGCUUCUCAGAUAUCAACACAAAUGGAUCAUUUGAUAUAACUAGUCAAAUAUUGUCUUCACAAAAAGAAACUGAUGCAUCAAAUGAUGUUGAUAUGAAUGAGUUUGAUUUCUGUGAUGAACUUUCAAAAGACAGCCGGAAUGCAUUAAACACAGAAGUGAACGUAGAUAAAGGUCUUGAAAAUGAAGAUUCUGACAGUGAAGAAGAUGAGAACUAUGAAUCAGCGGAAGAAGGCGAGGCUAAUGAAGAGGAGUUAAAGCAACUGGAAGAAAAAUUGACAGAGGAAGAAAAGGGGGAAAAACAUAAGGAAGCACAGUGCUGUAAAGAAGAAGGAAACAAAUUGUUUAAGGAUCAAAGCUACAAGGAAGCGAUACGUUGCUACACAAGAGCCCUUCAUAUAUGUCCGCUGAGCUUUCCAAAAGACAGAGCUAUAAUGUUUUCCAAUAGAGCUGUCUGUAAAGUUAAACUGGAUCACAAGGAGGAUGCUAUCAAAGACUGCAGUCGUGCCCUAAAUCUCCACCCACACUACCUGAAGGCUUUGCUGAGGCGUGCUGAACUGUACGAAGGAGAGGAUAAAUUAGACGAGGCUCUAGUUGACUACCAGAAAGUGCUGGAACUUGACCCUGGUCAACACUUAGCCAGAGUUGCCUGUAUGAGAUUGCCAGAUCAAAUAAAGGAAAGGAAUGAGAAAAUGAAAGCAGAAAUGAUGGGUAAGCUGAAGGAUCUUGGAAACAUGAUACUGAAACCCUUCGGCUUGUCUACUGAUAAUUUCCAGCUGAACCAGGACCCAAACACUGGUGGAUACUCUGUAAAUUUUGCACAGAAUGCCAAUAAACAGUAAUCCCUACAACAAGAAAAUAUCACUGGAAAGUGUUGUAUUGUGUAUCAUGUAGUAUUAGCAUUAAUUCCAGUCAACAUCAUUCACUGUAUAAGACAUUGUAGUUGUGUUAUCAGUAAGAUAUUGGUUGAUUUUUAUCACUGUAUCCACAUCAGUUUGUGUAAUAAAAUAUCAUAAAAUACAUGAA